AUGUCGACGCCGUCAACGGCGACGACCUUGACGUCGUUGCUCAACUCUCUGCAUAGCCAUCUUCUAUCGCAGACUCAGCUGCUUCCAACCCUCCAUGCCCAACUGGGACUGCCUGAAUCAGCACUAGAAGACGAGCUAAGAGCGCUACAACAACAGCUUGUAGAUGGUGUCGAACUACGGAUAGAUCGAAGGAGGAAGGAGGUGGAUGAGUGGAUGGCCAAAUGCGAUGGGUUGGAGAAUGAGUGCAUUAGGUAUACCAAGGCCCUGGGAGGGAACAUCAAGGCUACUGGAAGCAGUCUAGGCGAGCUAAGGAAGGAGCAAGCUCUACCGAGGAGGUUUGAGCUAAUAUCAGAGUAUCAAGAAAAACUGCGACAGCUCUAUCACACCAAAGUCGAGCAGUUGAACACGCUGACAAAUCGCCUGAAUGCAUUGUCUCGGACUCUUGGUCCUGAUUACUUUGCACAAGAUAUAAUUGAACCAACCGUCGCCGCUGGGGAGAGCGCGUAUGACGCCGGUGCCAAUCGGGAUGUCACUCCGGAGAGGUUCAUGAAACUUGAGAAAGAGCUGGUUCGAGGGAAAGCAGAAGUGCUUAAACGGUUAAACCAACUUUCGGCCACAUUCGUACAAAUCGACUGGUUGUAUACCGAACUCGGGAUUGUGCCUCCAGCUACCGAUGAACUGGAAGCAUCGCCUGCUCAGACUACCAGUACUUUUACUCAAUCACUCGCUUCUUCAUCCUCAACAAAAGUUUCAUCGUCUGAUCCCUUCCUUACUUCGACACCUACACCAAUGUCCAGGUCAACCUCAACAAAUAUACUAUUCCGUGAAGAUGUCGGAUCUGUGCCGGAAUAUGAAUAUCAAAGAAUUUUCUCAAAUUUCGUCGCGCGCAUCGAGGAGGCAGAGGCAGAGAAUCUGCCUCAAUCUCAGUCUGUACCUGUCGGUCUCGAUGGCGUCGACCCAACACCGGGUCUUUUAAGCUGGGCUGCUACUUUGCAUGCGUCACUUGAGGAAAUCAAACGCCGUCGCGAAGCCCAUAUCCAGACAAUGUAUGACCAAUUAGAGGGCCUAUGGAGACGGUUGGGUGUGUCCGAAGAAGACAUGGAUAACUUUGUCGAGGCUCACAGGGGCAGUACGGAAGAGACGGUGCAAGAGUACGAGGACGAGCUUGAGAGGAUGUUGGAGCUGAAGAGAGAAAGGAUGGGCACAUUUGUUGCUAGUGCGAGAGAGGAGAUCGUCCGACUGUGGGAUGAUUUAAUGAUUGGGGAAGAGGAGCGAGCUGACUUCCCGCCUUUCGCUGAUGACGAGUAUACUGAACAACUCUUGACUCUGCAUGAAGACGAGAUCAAACGACUGAAGGAGGAAAGGAGAAAUAAAGCUCCAUUAUUGGCCGCUAUCAAGAAAUAUUUUGAGAUCUGCGAGGAGGAGAAAGAGCUGGCGAAUGCCGCCUCUGAUCAGACAAGACUAACAGGUCGUGGACCACGCGACCCUGGUCGUCUUCUCCGAGAGGAAAAGAUGAGGAAGAGGGUACAGAAAGAAAAGCCUCGCCUUGAGCAAGACUUACUGGUGUCAAUACCUGCUUGGGAAGAGGACGCCGGGCGUCCAUUCCUUGUUCAUGGCGAGAGCUUCUUGCAGCUACUUAUGGAGAGCGUCAGCGCUGCUGAUCAAGAAAACAAACGCAAACCCUCAUCACGAGCCGGUUCAGUCCCUGCCCGUGCCACAACCCCCACAGGUUCUUCUGGCUACGUUCCCGGAACCAAGACAGGUGUAGUGACACCCGCAGUGCGGACGCGCGAGCAAGCCGGAAAUGGAAGCCAAAGCGUGCCAAGCAAGCGGCAGCGCGUCGGAGAGCACGCGGCGAGCACGCCUGUCUACGGUGUGCGCGCGCCUCUGGGUACGCAUCGCGGUGUCAACACCUCGAAUAGUAAUAGCAACAGCAACGGCCAUCUGCGGUCCUCGUCGCCCACCAAGAUUCCGAGUAAGAGUCUAAGUGGGGGUGUUGGGUCCGGUCUGCCUAGACCGGCCGGGUUGACUUUGGGGAUGGUGCAGCCGAAACCAGGGACGGCGCAGCAUGCGCUGGGCCAUGGACGCGUGCCGACAAGUGUAAUCUAUGGCGCUAGUGCAUAUGCACCUGGGAGCAUGGGCGUGCGGAGCGCGUCGGUGAUGGGUUAUGGAAGUGGUGGGAGGACGGCGAGCGGAGGAGCGGCAGCUGGCGGGUACGGCAAGGCUGGCAGUGUGGCAGGGGCGGGAGGGAUAGCGAAGAAGUCGACAAGGGCCAGGAGGGAGAGUUUCAAGCCAAGACCGAGCGUGGACGUCGUGGAUAUCCCUGUGGCUGUUGGCCAUGGAACGAAGAGAUGGGGUGGAGGGUAUACCGUUAAUGAGGACGAAGAAUAUUGA